AUGGGAGACAUUUAUCGACAAAAGGUUAUUGUAGGUAAAGCCUCUCACCAGCCCCCACAGCCUCGCACACAGCCCCCACAGCCUCUCACCAGCCCCCACAUCUCCCAUCAGCCCCCACAGUCUCCCAUCAGCCCCCACAGCCUCCCACCAGCCCCCACAGCCUCCCACCAGCCCCCACAGUCUCCCAUCAGCCCCCACACCGUGCAGCCGUGCACCCUUGCACCCGUGCACCCUUGCACCCGUGCACCCUUGCAGACGUGCACCCUUGCAGCCGUGCACCCUUACAGCCGUGCACCCUUGGAGACGUGCACCCUUACAGCCGUGCACACUUACAGCCGUGCACCCUUGCAGGCGUGCACCCUUACAGACCUGAACUCCUGA